UCCCCAGUGCCUCCAAAGUCCCUCUCUCCAGCCGCACCCAUGCUUCUGGCGCGAAUGAAUCCGCAGGUGCAGCCGGAGCUCGGCGGGGCGGACUCGCUGCCCGAGCAGCCCCUGAAGCCCUGCAAAACCGCCGACCUGCUAGUGGUGAAGGAGCGCAACGGCGUCCAGUGCCUCCUGGCGUCCCAGGACGGCGACGAGCAGCCCCGGGAGACCUGGGGCAAGAAGAUUGAUUUCCUGCUGUCUGUGGUGGGCUUCGCGGUGGACCUGGCCAACGUGUGGCGCUUCCCCUAUCUCUGCUACAAGAAUGGUGGUGGUGCCUUCCUGAUUCCAUACACUCUGUUCCUCAUCAUUGCUGGGAUGCCUCUGUUUUACAUGGAGCUGGCUCUGGGGCAGUACAACCGGGAGGGGGCAGCCACUGUGUGGAAGAUUUGUCCUUUCUUCAAAGGAGUGGGCUAUGCUGUGAUCCUCAUUGCCCUCUAUGUUGGCUUUUACUACAAUGUCAUCAUUGCCUGGUCACUCUACUACCUCUUUGCAUCCUUCACCUUGAACCUGCCCUGGACCAACUGUGGCCACUCCUGGAACAGCCCCAACUGUACCGACCCCAAACUCCUCAAUGCCUCGGUGCUGGGUGACCAUACCAAAUACUCCAAAUACAAGUUCACACCGGCUGCAGAGUUUUAUGAGCGCGGUGUCCUACACCUGCAUGAGAGUAGUGGGAUCCAUGAUAUCGGCCUGCCUCAGUGGCAACUGCUGCUCUGCCUGAUGGUCGUCAUUGUUGUCUUGUAUUUCAGCCUCUGGAAAGGAGUGAAGACAUCAGGAAAGGUUGUCUGGAUCACAGCCACCCUGCCUUACUUUGUCCUAUUUGUGCUCCUGGUCCAUGGCGUCACACUGCCUGGUGCCUCCAAUGGCAUCAAUGCCUACCUGCACAUUGACUUCUACCGCCUCAAGGAGGCCACAGUAUGGAUUGAUGCUGCAACCCAGAUAUUUUUUUCCCUGGGGGCUGGAUUUGGAGUCUUGAUUGCAUUUGCCAGUUACAAUAAAUUUGACAACAACUGUUAUAGGGAUGCUCUGCUGACCAGUACCAUCAACUGUGUUACCAGUUUUAUUUCUGGAUUUGCCAUCUUCUCCAUCCUUGGUUACAUGGCCCAUGAACAUAAGGUCAACAUUGAGGAUGUUGCCACUGAAGGAGCUGGCCUUGUGUUUAUCUUGUAUCCGGAAGCCAUCUCUACUCUGUCGGGAUCCACGUUCUGGGCUGUCCUGUUCUUCUUGAUGCUCCUGGCUCUGGGGCUAGAUAGCUCAAUGGGAGGCAUGGAAGCAGUCAUCACUGGACUGGCUGACGACUUCCAGGUCCUGAAGCGACACCGGAAACUCUUCACGUGUGUUGUCACCAUCAGUACCUUUCUUCUGGCAUUGUUUUGCAUAACCAAGGGAGGGAUUUAUGUCCUCACUCUGUUGGACACCUUUGCAGCAGGCACCUCCAUUCUGUUUGCGGUGCUUAUGGAGGCUAUUGGAGUUUCCUGGUUUUAUGGUGUGGACAGGUUCAGCAAUGACAUCCAGCAGAUGAUGGGGUUUAAGCCAGGCCUGUACUGGAGACUGUGUUGGAAGUUCGUGAGCCCCGCCUUCCUCCUGUUUGUGGUGGUGGUCAGCAUCAUCAACUUCAAGCCGCUCACCUAUGAUGACUACGUCUAUCCUCCCUGGGCCAACUGGGUUGGGUGGGGCAUUGCCCUCUCAUCCAUGAUCCUGGUACCUGCCUAUGUCAUCUACAAGUUCUUCAGCAUACGGGGCUCCCUUUGGGAGAGAGUGGCCUACGGCAUCACCCCGGAGAAUGAGCACCAUCUGGUGGCCCAGAGAGACGUGAGACAGUUCCAGUUGCGGCACUGGUUGGCUAUCUGA